AUGUUUAAUAAUUCUUUCGAAAAUAAAUUUCCAAAAGUUUACGACCAAGGUUCGCAGGGCAUGGAGGCACGGGGAGAUAAGAUCGGCGGCCAGGAGAUAUCCCUAUCUCACUAUCCGGACGAAGAGAACAAUUUCUUCACGUGGAACCAGGCUAUCUUCAGAGGGCUUGUCACUGCCUUGAUGUUUGUCUACAUUCUGACUCCAAAUUCAAGCCUGAAAAAGAUUGUUGUGUUUUCCUAUGUUUUCACUUGGCUGGCUAGUUCCCUAAUCAUGAGCAGCAUUCCGGAUAACUUUGUCAAAUGGAGGGAUCUAAUUAUCAAACAAUCAGUGAAUAACUGCCAUUUAAUCGUAAAAUUUGUCCUUUUCCGUUGUUUCGAAUCCGUCAUGAAAUGA